UACUGUUUACAUUAUAUUGUCAUUUUGUUUAAUAUAGCCUCUGUUAAGAAAGGUCUGUUUUUACUACACAACGCAACCAAACCAACUAAGAAAAUCAAGAUCAUGUCCAAUAACACUGAAUAUGGACCAAAAGCAGAUCAAUUUGAGGACCCUUCAAUGAUUCAACAAGAAGUCAAAAAAAUAAUAAAAGGAUUGCAUGUAACAGAAAAUGAUAGGGACCGUAUACAAGUUAGUUCUAUAGGACAAUUUGGCAACGAGGUAUACGAAUCCGAAAGAAAACAUAGAUUGACAGCAUCAACAUUUGGGAGCGUUGUCAAGAGGAGAAAGCACACACCAUGUCAUGUACUCGUUAGAUCCGUUUUAAAACCAACUGGCUGUAUGACGGAUGCUAUGGAAUAUGGAAUACUCAGAGAGAAGGUGGUUAAAGGCAUUUUCGAAAAAACUCAAAAUCUACCUGUAGCGGACUCCGGAUUGUGGAUCGACAUACACAAUUCUUAUCUUGCAGCUUCACCUGAUGGUUUGAUAGGAGAUGAUGCAAUAAUUGAAGUCAAAUGCCUGUACUCAGCUUCAAAAUUGCCUGUAACCACUUCGACAAUUGAUGAAGUAAUUGAUUUACUAAGAAAUAAAAUUUGUUUGGAGAAACGAGAUAACAAAAUCCAACUCAAGAGAAAUCACAAUUAUUACUACCAAGCAAGUAUUUACCACUUUGUCUAA